AUGUCCUUGAACCGAUUCAACAAAGCGGACCUUCCUCACUGCGAGGAAAUCACUCGUGAUGCUUGCAUUGCUAGCUUCUUGACAGAUGAAGGGCUUUGUGAUAUCACGUUGAAAGGAAAAGACGGCGUUUCUGUAAACGCUAACCGCUUUUGGCUAGCAGCACGAAGCAGAGUCUUUCGCAGUAUGCUUCUUGGUGAAUUUUCAGAGGCAAAGAAAGAUGUAAUUCCCUUGGGCUAUAAUGGCUGUGUAUUGAAGGCACUUGUGGAGUAUAUUGUGACUGAUCGGGCUCUAGUGCUGGAAAAUGAGGGACAAGAAAGUGAUGGUGAACUUGUGUCAUUGAUGGCAGCUGCCAUGUUCUUUGAGCUGCCUGGCUUGUGUGAGAAGCUUUUGAUAACAUUUCCCGUACAUUGCGAAAGCAACCUUCAUCCUCAGUUGCCAUUUUGGAGGCUUGCCAAAAAGAAGGGCCAGCUGUUCCAACUCAGCUGA